CCAAAGUUUGUGGCUCGUUGGAGAAGCUGCUUUUGCCUACAGCUGCAAUUUCUGGGCUUCUUCAAUGGCCACUGCCGCCGUCUCGACCGUUGGAGCCGUUAACAGAGUGCCGUUGAAUCUGCACGGCUCCGGUUCGGGAUCUCAGGUCCCGAAUUCGGUGUUCUUCGGCAGCAGCUUGAAGAAAGUAAGCUCUAGCCUAAGCCAUGGAAGAGUCCCUGCCAGGGUUUUCAAGGUUAUGGCCGCCGACCUUGAUGAAUCGAAGCAAACCGAGAAGGACAAAUGGAGAGGGCUGGCAUAUGACACGUCGGACGAUCAACAGGAUAUCACGAGGGGGAAAGGUAAGGUCGAUCCGCUCUUCCAAGCUCCGAUGGACUCCGGCACCCACAUCCCUGUCAUGAGCUCCCAAGAGUACAUUAGCCAGGGGCUAAGAGAGUACAACUUGGACAACACCAUUGAUGGCCUAUACAUAGCUCCCGCAUUCAUGGACAAGCUUGUUGUUCACAUCUCUAAGAACUUCAUGACCUUGCCUAACAUCAAGGUCCCCCUUAUUUUGGGUAUUUGGGGAGGCAAAGGACAAGGGAAAUCCUUCCAGUGCGAGCUCGUCUUCGCUAAGAUGGGUAUCAACCCUAUCAUGAUGAGUGCCGGAGAGCUGGAGAGCGGGAACGCCGGAGAGCCUGCAAAGCUAAUCAGGCAAAGGUACCGCGAGGCGGCCGACAGGAUACAGAAGGGUAAAAUGUGCGUCCUCUUCAUAAACGAUCUCGAUGCUGGUGCCGGCCGGCUCGGUGGGACCACCCAGUACACAGUCAACAACCAGAUGGUCAACGCCACCCUGAUGAACAUCGCCGAUAACCCGACGAAUGUGCAGCUCCCCGGGAUGUACAACAAGCAGGAGAACGCCCGCGUGCCCAUCAUCGUCACGGGAAACGACUUCUCUACGCUUUAUGCGCCGUUGAUUCGUGACGGACGUAUGGAGAAGUUUUACUGGGCGCCGACCAGGGAGGACCGUAUUGGUGUGUGCAGUGGUAUAUUCAGGACCGACAACAUCGCAAAGGAGGAUAUCGUCAAGCUCGUUGAUGCCUUCCCCGGCCAGUCAAUCGACUUCUUCGGUGCCCUCCGAGCCAGAGUUUACGAUGACGAAGUGAGGAAGUGGGUCACGGAUAUCGGUGUCGCGACGGUCGGGAAGAAGCUCAUCAACUCGAUCGAAGGCCCGCCGACGUUCGAGCAGCCCAAGAUGACACUUGAUAAGCUGAUGGAGUACGGAAACAUGUUGGUGCAGGAGCAGGAGAAUGUGAAGAGGGUACAGCUUGCUGACAAGUACUUGAGCGAGGCCGCGCUCGGAGAUGCCAACGACGAUGCCAUCAACACCGGAUCGUUCUUCAACGGAAGCUCUUAAAUCAGGGAUUUGUGUAUAUAAUCAUGAUAUACUUCAUGUCUACCAUUUUUGAUCUUCCAAGUUUGCUUGUUUUUGCCUAUCUUCUUAUGAUAAGCUAAUCUAUUGUUUGGAAUGGAUUAUGGUUAGAUAGAAUUCUAGUAUUCACUUUCUUGUUUUGUCCUCA